GGGAGCGGGCAGAGCUGCGGGGCCGGCGCCCUGGCAGGGGACGGGCUGGCACAGGAACGGCUUUUCCAAGGCGCAGUUCUCGACGCGAGGGAAAGAAGCCCUCGUCAGGCUUGUAAAAACUGCUUUAAAAGACAAAAGCAACACCCUCCUCGUGAAGAAGCAGUGCCGAGGCCGCGGCGGGACGCCGGCCCGACGCCGGGUAGGGCGGAGGGGCGCGGAGGGCCGCCCCGCUCCCGCCCCUGACCCCGCCGGGCGGGCAGCGUGCUGCGGGGUGGCACCGCCCGCCGCUCCGCCGGCCCCGGCCCCGGCCCCGGCCCCGGCCCCGGCCCGGGCCCGACCCCGCCCGGCCGCCCGGCCCCUCCUUCGCGGCGCUGCCUGUCGCGCUCCGGGCUAAGAAGAUGGAGGACUACGGGCGAUUCUUGGCGCUGCUGGUCUCGGCGCUGCUGGUCGGCUUCGUGUCGGUCGUCUUCUCCCUCGUCUGGGUCUUCCACUACCGCGAAGGGCUGAGCUGGGACGGAGGCCCGCGGGAGUUCAACUGGCACCCCGUCCUCAUCAUCACGGGCUUCGUGUUCAUCCAGGGCAUCGCUCUUAUUGUGUACAGGUUGCCCUGGACCUGGAAGUGCAGCAAACUCCUAAUGAAGUUCAUACAUGCUGGAUUAAAUACCAUAGCUAUGAUUCUUGCAAUUGUUUCUAUGGUAGCCGUGUUUGAAUACCACAAUGCCAGGAACAUUCCUAACAUGUACAGCCUGCACAGCUGGAUUGGGCUGACUGCGGUUAUAUUUUAUUCUCUCCAGCUUUUCUUGGGUUUUGCCAUCUUUCUGCUCCCUUUUGCUCCAGUUCCUCUCCGAGCAGCUCUCAUGCCAAUACAUGUUUAUUCGGGUCUUACCAUCUUUGCAGCAGUGAUUGCAACAGCUCUCAUGGGAAUCACAGAAAAGCUUAUAUUUUCAUUGAAGACUCCUUCAUAUAGUGCAUCCCCACCAGAGGCAACUUUUGUCAACUGUCUUGGUCUUUUGCUUGUCAUAUUUGGUGCACUUAUUUUGUGGAUGGCGAGCAGGCCCCAUUGGAAGCGCCCCCCAGAAGAGAAUGCUAAAAUUCUGCGGCCCAUUGGAGGGACUCCUGAAGGCACAGAAGCAGAAUCCACAAUGACAGAUGGCAGUAAUGGAGAUAAAUCUGACCUGAGGAUCAAUAGUGAAGCAGCCAGAAAACAAAACCUCAAACCUGAUGAAGCAUGCCAACGGUCAACUAUGUAAAGAAAAUACAGUAACAGCACUGUCAUACUGCCAACCCCACGCCCCACCCCUGCCCCCGGUUCCUUCCAAUUUAGUUAUAGUGAUAUAUAAAUAGGUUGGGGUUUUAUUUUCAGUAUGGCUUGCUCAGAGAUACUCAAGUUUCCUGCAUAUGAAUUCCAGUAAGUCCCAAAUAUAUUGGUUCAUGCUCAGUCCUCAUUUAAAAAAUGAGAGGGUGAAUGACAUCACAUAAUGGCAAACUCACAUAACUGGAAAAUGUUUUCCAUAUCACUUUUUAAUGUAAUGUUUAUACCUCUUAUAGUAGUGAAAAGUUAACAAGAUUCAGACUAAAUUUUGCCCUGAGUGAUUUUGCAGGUUAUGAAUUGGAGUCAUGAAGUAUACCAGACAGCAGAAUUUAGUGAGUCACACAUAAUUUUUCUGGUAAUGUUUACUUUUUUAAAGCCCUGAUUACCCCACCACCAUCAGCAGCUGCUAAGAUCUAUGGGAUCUGAGGCCAUUCAGCACUUUGCAGAGUUGCACCAUAAAAAUGUUUAGUCUAAAAUUUUGAAUUAAAAAAAAAAGAAAUUAAAGUUUGCCUCAUAUCUCCAUUAAAUGUUAUGUUUCCAUUAAAAACUUCUGGUUUUUUGAAUCAGAACGUAUCUGUUCACUUUUUAACCAACUCUAUCAAAUAUACUGUAUACAGACAACAUUUGGCUUUGGAUUAUGUGCGAUCAUUACUGAAAUCCAAGGAAAUUUUAACACAUCCAAACGCACAAUUUGUCUUAUUUGGAAAGCUAUAGAUACACACUUAGAAAAAUAUGUAUCACUUAAACUAAGUCUUCUUUUUAUCCCAGAAGGCAGCAUUUUACUAUCUUUAUUUGACUGAACAGUCCUAUUGAUUCGUGACACUAGACUAGAGAUUAGGAGGUUAGAAACCAAAGACUGCUAGCAGUCUCACCGAAGAAAGGAGCUUGAAGUGAGAAGUGCUUCCUCCAGGAAACAGCUGAUCUUUGCUGAUUUGAUUAAAAUGCUAUCAAUUAAAUGAAAGCCAGUUUUUGUAUCUCCACGCUGGUGUCAAAAUCAUUAUCAUCCCAGGCAUGAAGACACAGUUUAGUCUUUAAGCAAACUAUAUAAACUCUAUGGCUUUUAAAUUUGAAAUUAAAGUGUUAAAUAAUGCAGUUUGAGUCUCUACUGGCACUUUACUUUUAUCGCUCUUUCUAGUAAUCGGAGUAUUAAUGUAUUAUACUCAUUCAUUAUUUUCACAGAUAUAAACAAUACUUAUAUUUUUACUACUACUACAUAAGAAUAAUUAUAGUAGGUUAUUUUGAUUGCACAUGUCCAAAAUGAUGAGCCUUUCACUUGUAAAACCUGCAGAGCCCACAAAUCCAAAUCUACCAGUGUUUGUGUUGCAAUAUAGACAGUUUCAGACAGCAUAUAAUUCCCUAUUUUUUAAAGACUACAUAAAUUUUUGUCUACUUCAGCUUUUUAAAAUGUUUAAACACAUUAAACUUUAGCAAAUAUGCGAUUUUUGUAGUUCAGUGUCGCAUUAGUACAAACAAUUUUGAUCAUGAGUGAUUUUGGAUCUUCUGUGACAAGAAGCACCUCAGUUCCUGUUAUUUGAUUUGUAAUAACAUUUAAUUAUUUGGUGAAUGCAGUAUAGAAAGCUAGCACAGUAAAUUAUUUUAAAAACUUUUUUGCUGUACCAUUUGGUACUCAGGGACUACAUCCCAGAGUUCUGUGCUUUCACUUACAGAAGUUUUGUGGGUGACUGGGACCCACUUAGCAUUGGUGUAUUGUUUCAUUUGAGAAAAUACCUGCUUUUAAAUACCUCAGUGUAUUCACUGAGUGAAUUCAGGUGUGAUAGAGGGAAUACUAUCCCUCUGUCCUCCAGUCCCACUAUGUGCAAUGGAUUGGACAGCUUUUUCCCUGUUUUUCAAGUUCCAUGCAAGUAUCUGUCUUCCCUAAAAUUGUUCUGCCCAGCUUCAGCAUAAAAUCCAAACAGUGCUGAUAGCAGCUUUCUGAGAGAAAAACAAGAGCACUUGUUUUACAUGACAUUAGUGCUCAACUGACAUGGCAUGAUUAUGUUAUGCAUCCUAUUACAAAUUUAUAUAUUGAACAUUAAGUAGGAACAGGGAUUCGCAGCAGAUUCUGCAGAACACUAAACUGCUGUCGUCUUCUGAUGUCGUUAUGUUCUGCUCAACAAGUCUGCUUUUCUGGUGAAAUCAGUAAGCAUCUUAGAGUGGUGGAUGCACAUUUAGUCUUUGUGAGAGAUGCUCUAUUAACACUUUCAAAGUAUAAUAGGUGAAGUGAAUAAAUGAAGUCAACUGUUCUAGUAAUUUACUAUGCUAGCUUUCUGUACCGUACUCACACAGCCAAGCAUUUUAAUGUGGUAUGUAUUGGCCUGUUACUGUGUCUCAUCCACCUGUGAAAAUGAGCUCAUUCAAUCCUUGCAUAGUACUAAGUCAUCUAGUAAAAGCAUGUCUUUCUGUGGAAGGUAGUCACUUGUCUAAGGAUUGUUCUGGAAGAAACUCUAAGUGUACAGUACAUUGGGAAAAAAAAACCACAAAAUCUGUGAUUUCUUUUGUUACAACUCUGACUUGAAUGUAUUGAAAUCAACAGCUUUUAGGUGAAGGUUCUAUAUGCUGUUAAAGUUAAGCUGUAGUAACCAGUAUGCAUUCUGUUGUCUAUUUUAUUCCAUGUACUGUUCAGGAGUAAUGAUA